CGUGUCCACGCGAAUCGGCAUUUGCAGACGUCAUGUAGAUCCACUCCGACCAACCUUUAGCUUAGCCUUUCAAACUCUUCCUUUUUUCAGCUAGAUUUGAUUUGGGUCGCUCCCGAACCGGUUGUAAUUAAGAAGCUGGAGGUUAAUAACGCGGGAUAGACGGUGGUGAAGGCUGACUGCUCAUCCGACAGCUUUAUAGAGCUCUGUGUUUAGAGAUCAGGAGUGAAUUUCACGUGUUAGCUCGAGCUGAUCUCCAGUAGAAACAGCAGUCAUGGGCUCCAGAGCUUCAUCUUUACUCAGAGAAGAGGACAUUGAAGAAAUCAAGAGAGAAACUGGAUUCUCCCACAGUCAGAUCACUCGCCUCUACAGCCGCUUUCACAGUCUCGAUAAAGGAGAAAAUGGAGCGCUCAGCCGAGAAGACUUCCAGAGGAUUCCCGAGUUGGCCAUAAAUCCUCUUGGCGAUCGGAUAAUUAAUGCCUUCUUCCCAGAGGGUGAGGAUCAGGUGAACUUUAGGGGCUUCAUGAGGACUCUGGCUCACUUUCGUCCUGUGGAGGAUAACGAGAAAAACAAAAACCUGACUUCUGGCGAGCCGCUCAACAGCAGGGCCAACAAACUCCUCUUCGCUUUUCGGUUAUACGACCUUGACAGAGACGACAAGAUCUCAAGAGAUGAACUGCUACAGGUUUUGAGAAUGAUGGUGGGCGUGAAUAUUUCUGAUGAACAACUUGGAAGCAUUGCAGACCGAACCAUCCAGGAAGCUGACACUAAUGGAGACAUGUGUAUCUCUUUCAGCGAGUUCACCAAGGUAUUGGAAAAAGUGGAUGUCGAACAGAAGAUGAGCAUCCGCUUCCUUCACUGAAAACCAAACGUGUUCUGAACUCUAAUUGGAGACCAUCAGUGUCAAUAGAAUUAGAAAUAUUGACAUUCUGAUUCUUCUAUCUGUGGGCUGAUUCAUCCUUUAUAAACAUGAUCAUGUUGUCAUGGUUACGUUUGUUCCAAUCAUCUAUCACUCUUGAGUUGCUGUUGCAGUGCCUUCACUAUUUUCAAAAGUCACAGCAGCUUUUAUCUUGUAAAAUUAUAUUUAUUCCAGCUGUGAAAGCAGCUGAUUAAAAUCUUUCAAAUGGCGAAGCUGUCACUUAUAUUGGCACUGAGGGAUGCUUGUUGUCAUGCCUAUUUCGUCACCAUCUUAAAGGCCAAAUCUUCAGAGAAACUUUCCUUCUCACCCAUGAAAAUAAUAUUUCGCUUCACAAAAAUACCUCAUUUUAAGGGUGGACAAGGGUGUUUUCAUUUGCAUCAUUUAUAAUGAUCUUAAGUCAACACAUAAGAGGGAGUGAAAUGGCUGAAUGCCUCUUUGAGUGGCGUUUUCUCUUUAAAUGCCUAAUAAACAGAAGAGAAGCAGUUCAGUUGAGCAUUUAUAGUGAGUUAUUCUACAUUCCCAUUUCAUUUUUAAAUUACACAUGCAUAGUCAAGUCUCAGAUUAAAUUUUUAAAGGUGAAGCGUUGUAAUUUUCUGUGGCUGCGGUACAAAACGAAACGAUCUGUUUAAGCAUCCAAAUUUGACAUGACAACAUUACUCAGUGCUAACCCUGAGUAUUAAACCGUACGGGAUGUGAUGCACACCAAAGUUUGUGGAAUGAAAUUGUGCACUGUUCAUCUCCUGUAUCUUAAAAUAGUUUGCCUGGCAGACGAUAACAUUUGAAAAAAUCUGUUAGACCUUGCAUUUGAAGGAUAGACUCAAGAUAUAUAGAGGGACCAGAAUAUAAUAGCUUGUGCUGCAUGCACUCCUUUAAUUUCGACUGGUAAACAAGCAUAUAGAAGCCCAUGAAGGUAAUUGCAUCCUUUUUAUCUCGCAAUUCAGACCUUUUUCUCAGAAUUGUGAGGUACCAACUCAUAAUUACUAGAUAUAAAGUCAGAAUUGUGAGAUUCCAAUUCUGAGGGGGAACAGCUGUUUUCUUACAAUUGUUGCAAUUCUGACUUUAUUUCUCAAAAUUGAGUUUAUAUUGCAAUUCUGAGGGGGGGGGGUCAGAAUUGUGAGAGAAAAAGUCGCAAUUACCUUUUUAUUCAGUGGCAGAAACAGGCUUCCGUAUAGAAAGCUUAGCAAUAUGACAAAGUCACUUUGAUCCCUUCAGCAACACUACAAUAUUUUGAACGGCCAAAUACAACUCGCCUCCUUCAAAAAAUGUAAAAAUCUUUGCAUUUCUGUUUAGUGGUGCAGAAAUUACUCCCUUCGCCUUUUCAGUUCUCAUUCGUUCGGUCCAGUCAAUUUCGAAAUUGAUUUAGUGUUGGGUGUGAUUUGUGCUGUAUGACGUAUGUUCUCAGAGUUGUCAUGCAUCAUUAUUUAUAAGUAGGGUACUUGAAGCUAAACGUCACUCAAUUAUUUGUCUGUUGAUUGAACACUUAAGUUGAUCAGGGUGGCAGCAACAGUCUGUUGCAUUUUAAUGCUUUUUGUCUUCGCUUUAUAGAUAUAUGAACAAAAUCAAAGUUAUGUCCCCGUGUCCUUGACAGAUGUAAACACUGAUUGUUCAAUUAUCAACGUUACAAUUACAUCCAUGUAUCAUUCACAGAUACUUGAAAUUCUUCAGUGCUUCUUGCAGAUUCUUGCUUUUAUGUACAGAUUUCUUUAAUACGUUUGACUUGGAGAUGUAGUGUGAAAGGUUUUCACAGCCUUUUCGGAGAACAAAAAAUAAACUCAUUCAAUGUGGUGUAAUAAUCAUGAAAUACACUUGAGAUGUGAUUUAGUCAUGUAUGGUUUUGAUUCCAAUAAAAUCAAGUGCCAUGA